CUCGAUGCUCAGACACUGGAGAACUGCUCGUGCGGAUGCUGGAUGACAACAUGGAUUUACAAAUGAAGAUUCUGCAGGUACUUCUCGCUGUUCUGUGUUUCAGCAUCAAUAACACUCAGGGUUUUAAUGUGGGGACAACAGGAGCAAAGAUUUUUUCAGGGUCAUCAACAGAGCAGUUUGGGUACACUGUACGGCAGUUCAGCAACAGCCAAGGAAAAUGGCUCCUUGUGGGAUCUCCAUGGAAGGGUUACACUCAAAAUCGCAAGGGAGAAAUCUAUAAAUGCGAUAUGAACAACCCUGGAAGCGUCUGUCAGCCACUGAACCUUCAAAAUUCUGUCGAUGUGUCAAGCAUCUCCAACGGCAACAACAUCAACAUGAGUCUAGGUCUUACUCUGACUCCAACUACCAAAAAUAAUGGCUUUAUGACAUGUGGUCCGCUGUGGGCUCAGCUCUGUGGAAGUCAGUACUUUUACCCUGGAGUCUGUGCUGAUGUGAGCCCGCAGUUUACCCUCCAGUCGGCUUUUUCCCCGGCUGUUCAAACUUGUGGUAGUCUCAUGGACAUUGCCAUUGUUUUGGAUGGAUCCAACAGUAUAUACCCAUGGGAACCAAUUGUUGAUUUCCUCGUGAAACUGUUGGAAAACUUAAAUAUUGGACCUCAAAGCACCCAGGUCAGUGUUAUGCAGUACGGUGUUGACACUACGUUCCAGUUUUACUUGAAUUCCUACAAGACAAAAGAGUCUAUGAUUAAAGCAGCUUCAAAUAUGCAGCAAAAACAAGGAUUAGAGACUAAUACUUUCAACGCCAUUGACUUUGCCAGAAAGAAUGCAUUCUUACCACAAAAUGGAGGCCGUCCUGGAGCCACUAAAGUGAUGGUGGUGGUAACAGAUGGAGAGUCACAUGAUGCAAAUAUAAAGAACAAAGUUAUUGCGGCAUGCGAUAGCCAAAAUAUCACUCGUUUUGGAAUUGCGGUUCUUGGAUAUUACAUAAGAAAUGAUAUUGACACAAGCAAGCUCAUAGCCGAAAUUAAGUCAAUAGCAAGUAAACCAACUGAGAAAUUCUUUUUCAACGUGUCUGAGGAAGCAGCACUUAUAGAAAUCGUCGGAACGCUUGGAGAUCGAAUCUUCAACAUUGAAGGUGUUGGAAAAGGUACUGGAGAUAAUUUUGAAAUGGAAAUGUCGCAAGUGGGCUUCAGUGCAUACCAGACUAGAAAUAAGGAUGUGAUUCUGCUGGGAGCAGCUGGAGCAUAUAAUUGGAUCGGGACAGUUGUUCACCAGACUGCUCAGAAAUCAGACAUUUUGCCCAAAACGGCUUUUGAGAAAGUCUUGGAGGACAAAAGUCACUGUUCAUUACUUGGCUACUCUGUGAGCUCUGUGACUGACGGCUCGUCUGAGUAUUAUGUGGCCGGUGCUCCUCGUGCCGUUCACAGAGGACAGGUUGUAGUUUACAGCAUUAACAGCCAGAAACAGGCCGUCGUCAUAGACUCUCAGAGAGGAGAUCAGAUCGGCUCUUAUUUUGGCAGUGUUCUUUGUCCUGUGGAUGUGGACGCUGACGGUGUAACAGAUCUGCUGCUGGUCGGAGCUCCGAUGUACAUGAGCGAGGAGAAAACUGAAACCGGACGAGUCUACAUGUUUACCAUUACCAAGGGUAUCUUGAGUAACCAGGGUUACUUAGAGGGCUCACAAAAGAACGCUCGGUUUGGGGCGGCCAUCGCUGCUGUCCCAGAUCUCAACCUGGACGGCUUCAGUGAUGUGGUGGUUGGAGCACCAAUGGAGGCCAAUGACCAAGGUGCCAUUUACAUCUACUAUGGCCACAGAAAAACCAUCAGAAAGCAGAGCUCACAGAAAAUUGUUGGAGGGAAACUGGACUCAGCUCUGAAGUUCUUCGGCCGCUCUCUGGACGGCAGUGGAGAUAUGAACGGAGACUCGAUCCCAGAUGUCGCAGUGGGGGGUUUUGGGAAAGUCGUCCAACUCUGGAGUCGAGGUCUGGCUGUGGUCACAGCCAAGGUUUCCUUCACCCCUGAUAAGAUCAGUAUCUUGAGUAAACCGUGCCGCUACAGCGGCCGGCAGGUGUCCUGCUUUAAGGCAAAAGCAUGCUUCAGUGCAACCUUUAAACCAACAAACUCAAUCAGGCUAAUCGAUGUCAAGUACAACCUGACACUGGAUGCAGACCUGCAGGAUUCCCGGGUCAGUCCUAGGGGUUAUUUUAGCAACUUGGAACGGGUCGUCCAGAAAGGCAUCACAGUCUCUGCACAGGACUUGUGUGAAGAGCAUGAGGUCUACGUCCAGGAGACUCCUGACCUCGUCAACUCAAUUGCCUUGCGUGUAGACGUGUUUCUCGGCAAUCCAGAUGCAAACCCGGUUCUGGAUGUCUUCAGUCCUAAUGCAUGGGAGUUUUUUAUCCCGUUCUCGAAAGACUGUGGCCAAGAUGACGUCUGCUUGAGUGACCUGGUGUUGACUGUGGAGAGUGAAGAGAAACUUGGCAAAACUCCACUGGUGGUCAGCCAAAACAAGAGAAGACUGUCCUUCACGGUGACAGUGAUGAACAGGAAGGAAAAUGCAUAUAAUACACGAGUGUCGGCCAGUUACUCCAGUAACCUGUUCUACUCCUCUGUUACACCACUGAUCGAGGGGACAGAGGUGAAGUGCACACCGAUAAAAGAAUCAAAUAUUCUCAUGUGCCAAGUGAGUUAUCCAGCCCUCAGGACAGACCAACUGGCAACUUUUGUGGUCAACUUUGAUUUUAACUUGAAUCAGCUUAAAAAAGAGGCCAAGGUUGACUUCGAAGCUUUAAGCGACAGCACAGAGGAAACUCCUGCUGAUAAUAAGAUCUCCAUCUCCAUUCCUGUGCAAUACAACUCUGAGAUCAUCCUCAGCAGAGAAUCAAACAUAGACGUCUAUUUACUUGAAAAAGACAACAACUUCCUCACCACAGUGCAGAACUACAAGGACAUCGGGCCCAAUUUUAACUUCAAUCUAAAGGUUUCAACAGGAACUGUCCCGGUCAGUCUGGUUUACCUCAAUAUCUCGCUUCCCAACAACACGAGAGCUGGAAAUCCUCUCCUGUACACAAGCGGGAUUAAAACAUCACCUGCGGACAAAAUCCUUUGCAAAGACAACGAUCUGAUUGACCCACUGAAGAUCAGUGUAAAACCUCAUUCAGCCCGAUUUACUGAGGAAAGCUUCAGAGGAACAGAUGAACUGAACUGCAGGACGGCCUCGUGUCGCGCAGUGCAGUGUACACUAAAGGACCUGGACCAGAAGAGCGAUUAUUACAUCAACGUCACCACAAACAUAUGGAACGGCACCUUUGUGAUGGCUGAUUUCCUGUACAUUGUGCUCUCUGUGAGGGCUGAUAUAGAGACGUCUCAACCAGACCUACUCUUCAUAGAACAGAAACAACUGAAGGUCGAAGUCAAAGUGAGCAAACCUGGAGCUAAAGCAGACGUUCCAGUGGGCGCCAUUGUAGGAAGUAUCAUCGGUGGUCUGUUAUUACUGGCUCUAGCUGUCGCUGUGCUUUACAAGCUUGGAUUCUUCAAGAGAAAAUAUCAACCCUUGAUGAAAGGUGAGGAAAAUGGAGCCGAGGUCCAAGAAUUGCAGGAAAACGAUGAGGCGUCCUGAGAGAUGUGCUGAGACUACUUUCUUCUCUGAUAAAAUGGCAAGAAAGGGGCUUGAAAAGUGAACUGGGUCUUCUAAAAGUGCGGGUGUGAUUACAGUGCAGCACUUCAAACCUGUUCAUCUCUUGUAGAUUUUUCUUUGCAAGACUUGAACAGCAGCAAAGGUUUUGGGGUGCAAGCAUACCAUUUUUAACUUGAUCUCUGCAUGGCUAGUGUUACAGCAUUUACUUAUCCUCCUAAACCAGAGUGUCUGUUCUGUUGAACACAAAGGUAGAAAUAAGACUGUAAAAAAAAAAACAGCUGACUUUCAUAGUAUUUUGGUGUGUUUUUACUAUGGAAGUCAAUGACUGUUUUUUCCAACAUUCUUCAGAAUAUCUUGUUUUCAGUUGUUAUCUCUUUUUAACAGAAGAAAAAAAUCUUAAAAGUUUAGAACCAUUUGAGUAUGUUUAGAUGGUGAGGAAAUUUCAUUUUUGGGUGAACUAUCUCUUUAACUAGAUCUUUUAAGACUAUCGUCCACAGGUUAUGAGCAAUUGUUGGCAAACUGGCAUAUUUGAACACAUUUGAUCAUCUAUUGUACACUUGAGUACUAAAAUGACCAAAUACUUAAAGGGGUCACACCAUGACAAAUUAAAAAUGAAAUUUACCUUGCUAUUUUGACAGAAAAAGAGCCGAAUAUUUUUGUUUACAUGUGCUUUGUAUUCAGUAUAACUAUUCUUUCAAAACUAUUUGUUAUUUCAAAAGAACAUAACUAGCAUAGUCUAUUUUUCAUGUCAGACACUGUAUAUUUUCUACUUAUUUACCUCGCAAGUCGACUAGAGAUUUUUAAAGGUAGAAGUUACAUUACAUUUAAAACUGAUCUUCUUACUCCUGUGCAAUAAUGAGGGGCAGCUCAUACUUUUUCUUAAGCAAUGAUAUUAUCCAGUCAAAACAGACACGGUUUACUGAAAAUUUCAGCAACAUUCAAAUUAUAU